ACUAAAGACAAUAUAUAUAGGAAGUUAGGAACAUGGAGUUGAGAGGGAAAGAAGAAUGGCCCCCAUGAUGUCCUUAUGUAGAGCAACAAGUUAGGGUAAGCCCCCCCAUUGGCCUUAAGGCCUUUACAUGCAUGCCCUUGUCCACAGUUUCCUCCAAACUAAACAUCCCACAUGUCUUUGUUCCUUUCUCUUCUUAUAAAUACUUCCCCCACUUCAUCAAUCCUUCCCCACCACCACAUCCAUGGCCAUAUUCAAGAAGUCAUCAAACAAAAUACGUCCUCAAACAGCAGCUCUCAAGCAGAUUCUGAAGAGAUGUUCAAGUUUUGGGAAGAAGGACGGCUGCGACGACGAGUCGCCGGACGACGUACCGAAAGGUCACUUCGUCGUCUAUGUGGGAGAGAAGAGGAGCAGAUACAUUAUCCCAAUAUCUUGGUUGAGUAAUCCAGAGUUCCAAACCCUACUUCAAAGUGCUGAAGAGGAGUUCGGGUUUAAUCAUGACAUGGGUCUUACUAUUCCUUGUGAAGAAGUCGUUUUUCGCUCUCUUACUGCCACCAUCAGAUAAAGAAAAAGCAGAAGAUGGUGUUGGUUGUAUAUGUAUAUAAAUAUGUUUUAUUUUUUUUCCUUGGAGGGUUUUUCCAAAUGAAAGAAAAACAAGGCUGGCUCUUCUAUUUUUAUAUAACCUUCUCUCCUAUUGCUUAGAUGUUUGCUUAGCUCAA